AUGGCAGGGUCAGGUACAGAUCGGCAGGCUCAGGUACAGGACGUCAGGUCAGGUGACCCGGAGGCUCUGAAGAAGAAGAGUUUCACCAUGAAGGAAGGAGUGGACUACAGAGUGAAGAUACACUUCAAGGUUAACAGGGAUAUUGUGUCUGGGCUGAAGUACGUCCAUCUGACCUACAGGAAAGGAAUCAGAGUGGACAAGGCGGUGUACAUGGUGGGCAGCUACGGGCCGCGGGUGGAGGAGCACGAGUUCAUGACCCCGGUGGAGGAGGCGCCCAAAGGCAUGAUUGUCAGAGGCAGCUACCACAUCAAGUCCCACUUCACCGAUGACGACAAGACCGACCACCUCUCCUGGGAGUGGAACCUGGGGAUCAAGAAGGACUGGGACGAAUAGAGAGGAGCCUCAUUUCUCUCUCCCUCCUUCCAUCUCCCUGUGUCUCCACCUCUCCCUUUCCCCUUCCAUCCUUCCUUCUUACCCCUUCUCUCCCUUGUCUCCCCCACUUUCAUCCCUCCUUCUCUCCCUCUUCAUUUAGAAGGACUGGGAUGGAUAGAGACCUCAUCCUUCUCUCCAUGCUUCCCUCUCCCCUUGUCUCCCCUCUCCCUCCUUCUCUCCCUCUUCAUUUAGAAGGACUGUCUCUCCCUCUUUCUUCCUCCCCCCUCCUCUCCCCCCUCCCUCCAAGGCCCACCUGUAUAAUAGUAAAAGACAGAGGCCGGUAUGAAAGGUGUAAACAGGAAGUUAGGUUAGGCACGGUCUAGAACGAGACAGAGAGGAUGUUGUCAUAAACCAAACCAGUAUCACAUCAUAGUAGACAACCGAACAUCGUGGGCUACAAACCAAAAUGGCCCCCUAUUCCCUAUAUAGUGCACUACCAUCACGGCUCUGGUUAAAAGUAGUGCACUAUGUAGGGAAUAGGGGGCCAUUUUGGGAGGCAGGAGGUGUGAGCUGUAGGUGGAGAUCCACUUGUCUAUUUGUGAUGUAAUCUGAUGUUCUCUACUACAGUGUGUUAACUGAAGGGGAAACCCGUGGGACUCACUCAUACAGUGACGUUGGAGUAUGGAGAUGUAUUUACACCCCAUAAUGGGAGAGGCACAUUCUAGAAGGUUAUUCUAAAGUGUUCUAUUCUGAAAAUUGCCAGUUCAACAAGGUUUCAAGGAGCAGCCCUUUGUAAUGUUAGUUAUCAGUUAGAAUGUUUGACAACAGCGUGUCUCAUACUCCUCAUGAAGUUACCAUCUUCUAAGUCCUACAUCAAGAAUGACCAUCUUCUAAGUCCUACAUCUAGAAUGACCAUCUUCUAAGUCCUACAUCUAGAAUGACCAUCUUCUAAGUCCUACAUCUAGAAUGACCAUCUUCUAAGUCCUACAUCUAGAAUUACCAUCUUCUAAGUCCUACAUCAAGAAUGACCAUCUUCUAAGUCCUACAUCUAGAAUGACCAUCUUCUAAGUCCUACAUCUAGAAUGACCAUCUUCUAAGUUCUACAUCUAGAAUGACCAUCUUCUAAGUCCUACAUCUAGAAUGACCAUCUUCUAAGUUCUACAUCUAGAAUGACCAUCUUCUAAGUUCUACAUCUAGAAUGACCAUCUUCUAAGUCCUACAUCUAGAAUGACCAUCUUCUAAGUUCUACAUCUAGAAUUACCAUCUUCUAAGUCCUACAUCUAGAAUGACCAUCUUCUAAGUCCUACAUCUAGAAUUACCAUCUUCUAAGUCCUACAUCUAGAAUGACCAUCUUCUAAGUCCUACAUCUAGAAUGACCAUCUUCUAAGUUCUACAUCUAGAAUUACCAUCUUCUAAGUCCUACAUCUAGAAUGACCAUCUUCUAAGUCCUACAUCUAGAAUGACCAUCUUCUAAGUUAUAGUUCUAGAAUGACCAUCUUCUAAGUUAUAGUUCUAGAAUGACCAUCUUCUAAGUUAUAGUUCUAGAAUGACCAUCUUCUAAGUCCUACAUCUAGAAUGACCAUCUUCUAAGUCCUACAUCUAGAAUGACCAUCUUCUAAGUCCUACAUCUAGAAUGACCAUCUUCUAAGUCCUACAUCUAGAAUUACCAUCUUCUAAGUUAUAGUUCUAGAAUGACCAUCUUCUAAGUCCUACAUCUAGAAUGACCAUCUUCUAAGUUCUACAUCUAGAAUGACCAUCUUCUAAGUUCUACAUCUAGAAUGACCAUCUUCUAAGUCCUACAUCUAGAAUGACCAUCUUCUAGGUUAUAGUUAUAGAAUGACCAUCUUCUAAGUUCUAGUUCUAGAAUGACCAUCUUCUAAGUCCUACAUCUAGAAUGACCAUCUUCUAAGUCCUACAUCUAGAAUGACCAUCUUCUAAGUCCUACAUCUAGAAUUACCAUCUUCUAAGUCCUACAUCUAGAAUGACAAUCUUCUAAGUCCUACAUCUAGAAUGACCAUCUUCUAAGUCCUACAUCUAGAAUGACCAUCUUCUAAGUCCUACAUCUAGAAUGACCAUCUUCUAAGUCCUACAUCUAGAAUGACCAUCUUCUAAGUCCUACAUCUAGAAUGACAAUCUUCUAAGUCCUACAUCUAGAAUGACCAUCUUCUAAGUCCUACAUCUAGAAUGACCAUCUUCUAAGUCCUACAUCUAGAAUGACAAUCUUCUAAGUCCUACAUCUAGAAUGACCAUCUUCUAAGUCCUACAUCUAGAAUGACCAUCUUCUAAGUUAUAGUUCUGGAAUGACCAUCUUCUAAGUUAUAGUUCUAGAAUGACCAUCUUCUAAGUUAUAGUUCUAGAAUGACCAUCUUCUAAGUCCUACAUCUAGAAUGACCAUCUUCUAAGUUAUAGUUCUAGAAUGACCAUCUGCUAAGUCCUACAUCUAGAAUGACCAUCUUCUAAGUCCUACAUCUAGAAUGACAAUCUUCUAAGUCCUACAUCUAGAAUGACCAUCUUCUAAGUCCUACAUCUAGAAUGACCAUCUUCUAAGUUAUAGUUCUGGAAUGACCAUCUUCUAAGUUAUAGUUCUAGAAUGACCAUCUUCUAAGUUAUAGUUCUAGAAUGACCAUCUUCUAAGUCCUACAUCUAGAAUGACCAUCUUCUAAGUUAUAGUUCUAGAAUGACCAUCUGCUAAGUCCUACAUCUAGAAUGACCAUCUUCUAAGUCCUACAUCUAGAAUGACCAUCUUCUAAGUUAUAGUUCUGGAAUGACCAUCUUCUAAGUCCUACAUCUAGAAUGACCAUCUUCUAAGUUAUAGUUCUGGAAUGACCAUCUUCUAAGUCCUACAUCUAGAAUGACCAUCUUCUAAGUUAUAGUUCUAGAAUGACCAUCUUCUAAGUCCUACAUCUAGAAUGACCAUCUUCUAAGUUAUAGUUCUAGAAUUACCAUCUUCUAAGUCCUACAUCUAGAAUUACCAUCUUCUAAGUCCUACAUCUAGAAUGACAAUCUUCUAAGUCCUACAUCUAGAAUGACCAUCUUCUAAGUCCUACAUCUAGAAUGACCAUCUUCUAAGUUAUAGUUCUAGAAUGACCAUCUUCUAAGUUAUAGUUCUAGAAUGACAAUCUUCUAAGUUAUAGUUCUAGAAUGACCAUCUUCUAAGUCCUACAUCUAGAAUGACCAUCUUCUAAGUUAUAGUUCUAGAAUGACCAUCUUCUAAGUCCUACAUCUAGAAUGACCAUCUUCUAAGUUAUAGUUCUAGAAUGACCAUCUUCUAAGUUAUCGUUCUAGAAUGACCAUCUUCUAAGUUAUAGUUCUAGAAUGACCAUCUUCUAAGUUCUACAUCUAGAAUGACCAUCUUCUAAGUUCUACAUCUAGAAUGACCAUCUUCUAAGUCCUACAUCUAGAAUGACCAUCUUCUAAGUCCUACAUCUAGAAUGACCAUCUUCUAAGUCCUACAUCUAGAAUGACCAUCUUCUAAGUUCUACAUCUAGAAUGACCAUCUUCUAAGUUCUAGUUCUAGAAUGACCAUCUUCUAAGUUCUACAUCUAGAAUGACCAUCUUCUAAGUUCUAUAUCUAGAAUGACCAUCUUUCUAAGUCCUACAUCUAGAAUGACCAUCUUCUAAGUCCUACAUCUAGAAUGACCAUCUUCUAAGUCCUACAUCUAGAAUGACCAUCUUCUAAGUUCUACAUCUAGAAUGACCAUCUUCUAGGUUAUAGUUAUAGAAUGACCAUCUUCUAAGUUCUACAUCUAGAAUGACCAUCUUCUAAGUUCUACAUCUAGAAUGACCAUCUUCUAAGUUCUACAUCUAGAAUGACCAUCUUUCUAAGUCCUACAUCUAGAAUGACCAUCUUCUAAGUCCUACAUCUAGAAUGACCAUCUUCUAAGUUCUACAUCUAGAAUGACCAUCUUCUAGGUUAUAGUUAUAGAAUGACCAUCUUCUAAGUUCUACAUCUAGAAUGACCAUCUUCUAAGUUCUAUAUCUAGAAUGACCAUCUUCUAAGUCCUACAUCUAGAAUGACCAUCUUCUAGGUUAUAGUUAUAGAAUGACCAUCUUCUAAGUUCUACAUCUAGAAUCUCAUUUCUGUUACUGUGUCUUUCAGUUGCCUCCUGUCUCUGUUAUAGUUGACACACCUGAGCUGUUAUUGGAUCCAUGUAAAACAACAUAGCUUCACGCUGUCUGGGGAGUGUUACCAUGGUAACAUAUCAACUUAACGCUGUCUGGGGAGUGUUACCAUGGUAACAUAUCAACAGACAACUGCUGUUUUCUCAGGUUUGUCCUUUUAUAGUUGCUCUAUUUUUUCAAUGCUUCUUGAAUGUCAUUUCCCCAAAAUGUCUGCCUCUUUGCCUAUUGAGAGAGUUGCUCUUUAAAAGAUAACGCCAUUCACCAUGUAUCAACCAUCUUCCAUUAAACAUCAUGUAAACAUCCUGAGGAAGCCUGUUGUCUGGCUAUGAUGAAGAACAUGUGAUUGUGAUGUGUACAAUAUGUUCUGUAGUCGUCGCUACAGAAUACAGCCCAACGGCAGUAGCCUACACAGUGUCUUUACCUCCUGGCAGGUUAGUGACCCUGAGACGUAUCUAUACAGUACAGUAGAGGCUCAACUGGGUUGGAGGUUUAGUAUCUGUAAUGGGUGCCACUGUUAGCACCCAAAGUAUCAUGACAUGAUUAUUCCAGUCAGAAUGUAAAUUAGAAUGUUACGAUGGUGAUUGGUUAGCCUGGGUAUAUCAGUAUGGACCAGCAUGUCACUCCUAGCUACUUCCUGGGUAUAUCAGUAUGGACCAGCAUGUCACUCCUAGCUACUUCCUGGGUAUAUCAGUAUGGACCAGCAUGUCACUCCUAGCUACUUCCUGGGUAUAUCAGUAUGGACCAGCAUGUCACUCCUAGCUACUUCCUGGGUAUAUCAGUAUGGACCAGCAUGUCACUCCUAGCUACUUCCUGGGUAUAUCAGUAUGGACCAGCAUGUCACUCCUAGCUACUUCCUGGGUAUAUCAGUAUGGACCAUCAUGUCACUCCUAGCUACUUCCUGGGUAUAACAGUAUGGACCAGCAUGUCACUCCUAGCUACUUCCUGGGUAUAUCAGUAUGGACCAGCAUGUCACUCCUAGCUACUUCCUGGGUAUAUCAGUAUGGACCAGCAUGUCACUCCUAGCUACUUCCUGGGUAUAUCAGUAUGGACCAGCAUGUCACUCCUAGCUACUUCCUGGGUAUAUCAGUAUGGACCAGCAUGUCACUCCUAGCUACUUCCUGGGUAUAUCAGUAUGGACCAGCAUGUCACUCCUAGCUACUUCCUGGGUAUAUCAGUAUGGACCAGCAUGUCACUCCUAGCUACUUCCUGGGUAUAUCAGUAUGCGUGGACCAUCAUGUCACUCCUUGCCACUUCCUGGCAUCCAAACAUGACAAUGAAUGGAAUGAUGGCACACACUGAUCUGGGAGCAGCAGGUUAGACACUGAUCUGGGAGCAGCAGGUUAGACACUGAUCUGGGAGCAGCAGGUUAGACACUGAUCUGGGAGCAGCAGGUUAGACACUGAUCUGGGAGCAGCAGGUUAGACACUGAUCUGGGAGCAGCAGGUUAGACACUGAUCUGGGACCAGCAGGUUAGACACUGAUCUGGGAACAGCAGGUUAGACACUGAUCUGGGAGCAGCAGGUUAGACACUGAUCUGGGAACAGCAGGUUAGACACUGAUCUGGGAACAGCAGGUUAGACACUGAUCUGGGAGCAGCAGGUUAGACACUGAUCUGGGAACAGCAGGUUAGACACUGAUCUGGGAGCAGCAGGUUAGACACUGAUCUGAGAGCAGCAGGUUAGACACUGAUCUGGGAACAGCAGGUUAGACACUGAUCUGGGAGCAGCAGGUUAGACACUGAUCUGGGAGCAGCAGGUUAGACACUGAUCUGGGAGCAGCAGGUUAGACACUGAUCUGGGAGCAGCAGGUUAGACACUGAUCUGGGACCAGCAGGUUAGACACUGAUCUGGGACCAGCAGGUUAGACACUGAUCUGGGAGCAGCAGACACUGAUCUGGGAGCAGCAGACACUGAUCUGGGAGCAGCAGGUUAGACACUGAUCUGGGAGGAGGAGGUUAGACACUGAUCUGGGAGCAGCAGACACUGAUCUGGGAGGAGCAGACACUGAUCUGGGAGCAGCAGGUUAGACACUGAUCUGGGAGCAGCAGGUUAGACACUGAUCUGGGAGCAGCAGGUUGGACACUGAUCUGGGGGCAGCAGGUUAGCGUUUGGUGCCAGUGGUUAGUUUGCUGAAGUGUAGUGUAUAUCUGCUGCUCGGGGUCCCUGUCCCCCUUUAACACCAAGCAUGAGGCCUAAAGGCAGCGAUGGACUCGGGUAACGAACUACUGAAACAGAAGAGAACCCCGUUCUAUCUACGACGUGGUAAGGAACUACUGAAACAGAAGAGAACCCCGUUCUAUCUACGACGUGGUAAGGAACUACUGAAACAGAAGAGAACCCCGUUCUAUCUACGACGUGGUAAGGAACUAAUGAAACAGAAGAGAACCCAGUUCUAUCUACGACGUGACCCAUUUUGUCCUGUCAAACUCAGUGGAUGAGGUCUUCCCCCCCCUGAGGUCUUCUGUCUCCCCCCUGAGGUCUCCCCCCUGAGGUCUUCGAGAUUUGAUCGAUUCUGCCUCCCCCAAAAAAAAAAAAAAAAGUCAAAACGUCCUUGUCACUAUUGUGUGAAGUCUUAUGGUGUUGUAAGUGAUGAUGAUGAUGAUAUUGAUGAUUAUGAUGAUGAUGAUAUUGAUGAUGAUGAUGAUGAUGAUAUUGAUAUUGAUAUUGAUGAUCAUGAUGAUGAUGAUCAUGAUAUUGAUGAUGAUGAUCAUGAUAUUGAUGAUGAUGAUGAUGAUGAUGAUGAUGAUGGUGGUGAACCCAGGAGUAACUGUAACGUGGGCUUGUUGAGUGUUGCAUGGUUUCACAUCUCUUCUUUCUUUAAAGACUGUUUUACUGUCACGUUGUGAUUUUGAAAAAAAAAAAAACCCAAUCUGCAGAUUGAAAUGGGUUGGCAAGGAUACCGCAGAUAUUUACAGGGAUUUUGAUCGAAAAUACCUUUGUUAUUACUACUGUGGCUGUGUUCCAAAUGGACUCUUAUUCACUUUAUAGAGUGUUAACCUGGACCCAUAGAGAGUCAUUCUGUUCCCUUUAUAGAGUGUUAACCUGGACCCAUAGAGUCAUUCUGUUCCCUUUAUAGAGUGUUAACCUGGACCCAUAGAGUCAUUCUGUUCCCCUUUAUAGAGUGUUAACCUGGACCCAUAGAGUCAUUCUGUUCCCCUUUAUAGAGUGUUAACCUGGACCCAUAGAGUCAUUCUGUUAACCUGGACCCAUAGAGAGUCAUUCUGUUAACCUGGACCCAUAGAGUCAUUCUGUUAACCUGGACCCAUAGAGAGUCAUUCUGUUAACCUGGACCCAUAGAGAGUCAUUCUGUUAACCUGGACCCAUAGAGUCAUUCUGUUAACCUGGACCCAUAGAGAGUCAUUCUGUUAACCUGGACCCAUAGAGAGUCAUUCUGUUAACCUGGACCCAUAGAGAGUCAUUCUGUUAACCUGGACCCAUAGAGAGUCAUUCUGUUAACCUGGACCCAUAGAGUCAUUCUGUUCCCCUUUAUAGAGUGUUAACCUGGACCCAUAGAGAGUCAUUCUGUUCCCUUUAUAGAGUGUUAACCUGGACCCAUAGAGAGUCAUUCUGUUAACCUGGACCCAUAGAGAGUCAUUCUGUUCCCCUUUAUAGAGUGUUAACCUGGACCCAUAGAGUCAUUCUGUUCCCCUUUAUAGAGUGUUAACCUGGACCCAUAGAGAGUCAUUCUGUUCCCUUUAUAGAGUGUUAACCUGGACCCAUAGAGUCAUUCUGUUCCCCUUUAUAGAGUGUUAACCUGGACCCAUAGAGAGUCAUUCUGUUCCCUUUAUAGAGUGUUAACCUGGACCCAGUAUAUUCCCUGUAUAGGGAAUAGGGCUCUGGUCUAAAGUAGUGCACUAUAUAGGGAAAAGGGCUCUGGUCUAAAGUAGUGCACUAUAUAGGGAAAAGGGCUCUGGUCUAAAGUAGUGCACUAGAUAGUGAAUAAGGGGCCAUAUUGGAUACAUCCUCUAUGUGAGUUUGGUUGGGCACAAGCCUGGGCCUGUGUGUAAAGUAGUGCACUAUAUAGUGAAUAAGGGGCCAUAUUGGACACAAGCCUGGGCCUGUGUGUAAAGUAGUGCACUAUAUAGUGAAUAAGGGGCCAUAUUGGACACAAGCCUGGGCCUGUGUGUAAAGUAGUGCACUAUAUAGUGAAUAAGGGGCCAUAUUGGACACAAGCCUGGGCCUGUGUGUAAAGUAGUGCACUACAUAGUGAAUAAGGGGCCAUAUUGGACACAAGCCUGGGCCUGUGUGUAAAGUAGUGCACUACAUAGUGAAUAAGGGGCCAUAUUGGACACAAGCCUGGGCCUGUGUGUAAAGUACUUCUGCAUUCUAAAGUGUUGGUAUUCCAGCAUCUUGUAUCUUUUAAUAAAGGUGAUUUAAUCAGCCA